UCUCUCUCUCUCAAAAUAUCUACUUGUACAGUUCUACUAACACAAAAACACCGCCAUCCCCACACGCACUACAUGACCACUCCAUUUGACACAGAGAAUCUCAUAAAAACACACAAUAGUGCCAUCAUCAACAAGAAGAGGAGGAAAUGAUCCCAAUCCUCUUCCUGUUUUCUUGCACCACUUCCUAAUAACUCCUCUUUCCACCUUCCUCUAUCCCUCUCUGAUCAGACACGCACUCCAGUAAGCACAAAGAGAGACGACGCAACCCUAAAACUAGAGACAAUUAACCAUGACCCUGGAUGACUCCCUAAGAUCUCUUUCCAUGGACUAUCUCAACCUCCUCAUCAAUGGCCAAGCCUUCAGCGACGUAACCUUCAGCGUAGAGGGUCGUCUAGUCCACGCCCACCGAUGCAUCCUGGCGGCGCGGAGCCUCUUCUUUAGGAAAUUCUUUUGUGGGCCAGACCCGUCUUCCGGGCUGGAUCCAGCUGGGUCCAGAACCAACCCGGCAGCGUCACCGGGCUCGAGGUCGGGCGUCAUACCGGUGAACGAGGUGGGAUACGAGGUGUUCUUGUUGCUGCUGCAGUUCUUGUACAGUGGCCAAGUCUCUAUUGUGCCUCAAAAGCAUGAGCCAAGGCCUAAUUGUGGGGAGAGAGGGUGCUGGCACACGCAUUGCACCUCAGCCGUUGAUCUUGCUCUCGACACUCUUGCUGCCGCUAGAUCCUUUGGUGUCGAACAGCUCGCAUUGCUUACUCAGAAGCAAUUGGCGAGCAUGGUGGAGAAAGCCUCAAUCGAAGAUGUAAUGAAAGUCCUACUAGCUUCGAGAAAGCAAGAGAUGCACCAGCUUUGGACCACAUGCUCCCAUCUUGUUGCAAAAUCUGGCCUCCCUCCUGAAGUCUUAGCCAAGCACCUCCCCAUCGAAGUCGUGGCCAAGAUUGAAGAACUGCGCGUCAAAUCUUCUCUCGCCCGCCGCUCCCUCAUGCCCCACCAUCACCACCACCACCACCACCACCAAGAUCUUGGUGCAGCCGCUGAUCUCGAAGACCAAAAGAUUCGCCGUAUGAGACGGGCACUCGACUCAUCUGAUGUGGAACUUGUCAAGCUUAUGGUUAUGGGCGAAGGGCUAAAUCUCGAUGAGGCAUUAGCUUUGCAUUACGCAGUCGAAAAUUGUAGCCGAGAAGUUGUGAAAGCCUUGCUUGAGCUCGGUGCAGGAGAUGUUAAUUACCCUGCUGGACCGGCCGGGAAAACCCCACUUCACAUUGCGGCUGAAAUGGUGUCGCCCGACAUGGUAGCGGUCCUUCUCGACCACCACGCCGACCCGAAUGUUCGGACCGUCGAUGGGGUUACUCCCCUCGACGUACUGAGAACCCUAACGUCCGAUUUCCUUUUCAAAGGAGCCGUCCCGGGCCUAGCACAUAUCGAACCCAACAAGCUCAGGCUUUGCCUUGAGCUGAUUCAAUCAGCAGCCCUUGUUCUUUCUCGUGAAGAAGGCAAUGCAAAUGCUCCUUCUUCCACCACCAUAUAUCCGCCAAUGAGUGAUGAUCAUAGCAGCGGUAGCAGUGGGAACAACAUGGCAAACCUUAACCUUGAUUCCAGGUUGGUUUAUCUCAAUCUGGGUGCGACGGCUUCAGGUCAAAUGGGAUCUAGAUCAAUGGAUGGAGAGGAUGAUAGCAGCCACAACAGCCAGAGGGAGGGCAUGAACAGGCAUGGGUCGCAAGGUGGCUCAUGUGACCCAACAUUGUAUCACCACUCUCAUGACUUCUAAGCUGAAUCAGAUAUAUUUAUCUUAAUCUAAUAUAAUAUAUCCAUGGAUGGUGAAAGAGAAGUUGAAAUUUCAUGAAAACUACUGAUAUUGGAGUUUAUUGGAUUAUAUAUUUUCCUUUAAUUUUCGGUCACUCGCUUGUCUUUUCCUUCUCUCAAUGUUCUGUAGGGCGUACUUUUGGGUUUUUGUGGGCUUUUCAGUGAUCAGAAGAUGAAGUUCAGUUUCAUUGGAGAUGGAAGAUGAGACGAGGUGGAUCUGAGAUUUUGCACUGAGGAUACAUGACGGAGGAUAGACGCAGGUCAAUCUUUUCACACCCGGCCUGCCAACUCCUUUGUAUUCAUUGAUCAAUAUCUAAUAUCAUGGCCUAUUUAUUGCGAUAAUUUUGUUUUUUUGUUCCCCCACCCACCUUUCUGUUGCCCCCGUUUUAUAUUUCUAUACACGGGAAAAUCUUUGGUUUCUUUUGCAAGGGGGCCUUCCUGUUUUUUCAUUCUUUUUUCAAGCUUUUGUUUGGA